UGCCAAUAAUUAUCCAUGAAUUCACCAAUUCAAUUAAUUUGGAUCAAGUGAAUUAAAUUUAAAUGGACUGGGUUUAUUGGAUAUUUAGGUAGAUGGAUUGAAUUGAAUUGAAUUGAAUCAAUGGAUUGUAUACAAAAUUGUCACCUCUAUUACUGAGUGUUGACAUACCAUGUAUGUUCAAGAAGAUCCUAACAUACUUCAUGAACAAAACCACAUCCCCUUAGUACGUGUUCUAAACACAUCUCGAAUCUCCGUCAGCUAGCAGAAACGCUAUUUUGGUUUCAUUAACGAUUAUCUGAAUAAAAUUAACACAAAAAUAAGAUUAAGCUUCUUGUCCCCAAAAUUAAUUAAGGUCAACUAUAAUAGUUGAUGGUGAUGUUUUAACUUAAAAUGUCUUGCUAAAUAUAAAAUACUACCCCAUACAUGUCUUAUUAAUUUGUUUGAAGAUUCCCUAAACCUGACUUGGCCUUUCUUUUUCUCUAGUCUCAGGAGCGGGCUUUGAAGACAACCUUUUCUUCUAGUGCUCUUAAAAGAAAACCUUAAAAGUCGACCGUUAAUAAAAAACAGAAAAAGGUGAUAGAAAUGGGUCAGAAAUCGAAACCGUGGGUUGAAUAUUCACAAAUUCUCAAUCUAGGAAGAGAAGAGAAUAAAUAAAAAGAAUCAACGAAUCCAAGCCUGUAUAGUGAAAAAUGUGGGACACAUUAGUUAGGUUUCUCCAAUUAUUUCUGGAUUUUGAAGUAGUCUUUUUUUUUUAUCUCGAUUUUGAGUGGGGAUUGAUCUAAAGAUUGAAAUUAUUAUUUUUCUCCCUUUUAAUCUAUUUGAAUUUCUCUCCUGCGAGUGUGCGGGCUAUUUUGGCUAUACCACUAUUCAUUUUAAGAUGAAUUUCUCAAAACUUAUAGAAUUCAUUUAUAUCAAAUAGUAACAAUCCUGAAAAUUAAACAUCCUAGAAAUUAAACGACCCCUUUGAAAAAUAAUAACCACUAAUUUCAAGAUGAAUUUCUCAAAACUUAUGAAAUUCAUUUAUAUCAAACAGUAACGACUUCUUUGAAAAAUAAUAACCACUAAUUCUGAUUCGGUUGGUAAUAGUAUUCUCUGGCUUGAUGUUUUCUCAACAAAAUUAGAUUAAGACGUAGGUAAGUAUAUGAAAUACUUUGGAUCAACUCAUCAACAUGAUAAUGGCUUCUAAAUCAUCAAGAAUCCAUUUAUCACAAUAUCCACCGUAAUUAGGAGAGAAUCAAACACAAUUCAUUAUAAAUAGCAUUCACAUUAAUUAUAUUUUUAAAAGCUAACCGAUUGUUAAUAUAGAAAAUCGAGAGAGCUUAAAUACAUAACAUAUAAUAAAAAAAAACUUGAUUACCAUAUCUCAAAUUAAUUUAUCCAAAUAACCCAAGUUAUGGAAAGGAAUUAAAAACAAGAUUCCAAUUUCUAAUACCGCAUGAAUAAUCCAUUUAUUCUAAUAAAUCAAAUUCGUGGAAAAAAAAUUCCAAAAAAUGAAUUUCAAACUAUUCCUUCCCCUGCUUUUGAUACAUUCUGCCAUUUUUGACAUCUCUCACGCUUUUAAAGUACACAUAGUUUUUCUUGCAACAACCUGAAUUCGAAUAACAAAUAUGAAUAUGCCCGACAUUUUCCCUUUUCUUUUCCCCAAUACAUUCCAUUGAAAAUGAGAGCUCCUAUUUAUCAAAGGGCGAGAAGGGAGAAACUGCUUUAUAUAAAGAAAGCAGAGACCCGCACCAAACUUUCUCAAUGAAUUAGGCGCUUUCAGGACCAUCGCAAUGGCAAUGUAUCCUUUGGUAUUUAAAUGUGAAAAUCAAAAUAGCCUAAACACUAAUGUCAUAUGGAAGUAGUAACAUGUGGCCACUAGAAUGAAUUGAAUGAUAGUUGUUGUCUUGUUCAUCGUUUGAUAACUGAUCAUCUUGUUUAUUAUUAAGUUAGAUUCGAAUUGUGUUCAGAAUAUCAGAUGGUUCACCUUGACAAUUUUACAGUAAAUAUUAGACUUCUAACCAUUUAGCGAAUAUGUGAAUUCAAUUAUUUCAAAAUAAUUGGUUAUAAAUAGACAUUCGAAAGAUACGACUACCGCCUAUGAUGAUAAAACAUACCGAUAAUUAAGGGGUCGUUUAAAUGGUGGGGGUAGGUGAGUUAUUUAGGUCCAAAUACCAAAAUUACUUGUUUGGUAACACUUUACUAAGAUGAGUUAUAUGAGCCAUGAGUCAUUCACAAGUAACUCAAAACGAGUAAUUUAAAAUAAUUCCUACAACAUGUUAUGUGAAAAUAAAUGGUUUUAUCCCUAUGUUAUUUUCAAACACCACAUGUCAAAUUACUACGAAAAUAACAUUGAAAUACAAGCAUAAAAAAUUAAUGAGUUAUUUGUGACAAGAAUUAGUUGCUUUCAAUAACUCAAGUUGUUGGGAGAUAUUGAAUUAUGAAUCAUAUACCACUUAUUAACACCCCCCUCCCCUCAAACGAAAACUAACUUAGAAGGGUUGAAGAACUCGAGUUGCUGGGAGAUAUUGAAUCACGAAUCAUAUACCACUUAUUAACACCCCCUUUCAAACGAAAACUAACUUAGAACGGUUGAUGGUUGCACAGGAAUCAAAGACCAUGUCCUUACCAAUGGAGGUUACAUGUUUUCGAACGGAAGACCUCUCAAUAACAAAAGACUCUAAUACCAUGUCAAGCACCAAUUACUUCUAAUAACUCGAGUUGUUGAGAAAUAUUCAAUUAUUACUCAUAUACCACUUUAUUAACAGUUUCACUCUACAAAUACUAACAUUAAGUCAUUAACCAUCCCCAACUUCUUCAUAUACACAAUACAAAACACCUUUUAUAUUUUGAACAAACCUAGUUGUCAGUUGUCACCUCGACUUGGAUGGGAGUUUUAACUUUGAGCUUAACUUAAGGCUUGAUUUGUCGAGCUUGGUAGGUUAAACAUCACCUAUCUACACAAUUAGGUCCCUUGUCCAUUUCUCCCUUUCUUUAUUAGCCUACAAGCUCCCACUACACUAUACACUACCCAUUAAUUCAAAACUCAAAAGCAAAACCGACACCCCCUCCAAAAUAUACACAAAUUGCUUUCUCUCUCUAACCAUUAACAUUACGUACCCACCAAAACCUCUCUCCCUCUCCACCUCAAAAAGAAGAAAAAUAUACAGAGCCUUUCUUUCUUCUUUCUGGCCCACCCUUCUCUCUCUCUGGUUGUUUCUGUUCUGUUCUCCCCCCUCCCUUGUGUUUUUUUUCUGUCUUCUUACUCCAACAUGACAACCAUCUUCCCACCUCAUCAUCCUCCAUCUUCCAUUUCUCCCUCUUUCUUCUUUCCAUUUCCACCACCAUUGCUGAGCUAGACUAAGCCUUGGCUCUCACUACCCACCACCAUUUCCUCAAGUCUCAAAUCUUUCCCAGGGUAUGAAAAAGUAAUCUCCCAUCUCUCCUUCUUCAUUUCUCCAUACCCUAAACCACCAUGGCUAAGCUCGUGGUGGAAGUGGCCGAUGCAAGCGAUCUAAUGCCCAAAGACGGACAAGGGUCAGCCAGUCCAUUCGUGGAAGUGGAAUUCGAGGGCCAAAAGCAGAGGACUUCGACAAAACACAAAGAACUCAACCCUCAAUGGAACGAGAAGCUCGUUCUGGACUUGAACGACCCUAGAGAUCUCCCUACUUCUACCAUUCAAGUUGUGGUCUAUAACGACGGGAGAGAGAAAGUACCUGGCGGCGGUGGUGGUGGGCAGCUGAAGAAUUUCCUCGGCCGGGUCCGAAUCUCUGGCUCCUCUGUCCUUUUCUCUGAGCCUGAUUCCACUGUUCAGAGAUACCCACUUGAUAAACGUGGGCUGUUUUCCCACAUCAAGGGAGAAAUCGCCCUCAGGGUAUAUGCAGUGGUUGGUGGCGGCGGUGGUAGCAGCUUUACUCCGGCGCCGGAGAUGCCGGGAGUUGAAGAAAGGGUUGAGCAGCCUGCUCCUCUCAGAGAGAUCGACCCUAACAAGGGUGAAGAAGAAGAAGAAUUUCACCACCACAAUCACGACCAUGACCAUGAAGAGAUGAUGAAGAGCAAGAAGAAACACAAGGAGAAGGAUAAAGUUCGUACCUUUCACUCUAUACCCACUGGAGCAGCUGCCCACCAUCGCCCUCCGCCGCAGCAGGCGCCGCCUGGUGCCGCGUUUCCACCGCCGUUUUCCGGUGGUGGGUUUGGAAUGGGAUUUGAAGCCCACCAUCAGAAAACACCGGUUAUCGAGACGAGAACGGAUUAUGCACGAGCUGCAACACCAGCACCCGGCACUUCUGUAAUGCACCAUAUGCAUAUGCCGAAGCAGAAUCCUGAAUUCUUAUUGGUCGAGACCAGCCCGCCAUUGGCUGGGAGAAUGAGAUACAAAGGUGGCGACAAGACAUCGAGCACUUACGACUUGGUUGAGCAGAUGCAUUUCCUCUACGUCAGUGUGGUGAAAGCUAGAGAUCUCCCUGUAAUGGAUGUCUCUGGUAGCUUAGACCCUUAUGUGGAAGUCAAGCUUGGUAACUACAAGGGGAAAACGAAGUAUCUGGAGAAGAACCAGUACCCCGUCUGGAAUCAAAUCUUCGCCUUCUCGAAAGAAAGGCUGCAGUCGAAUUUGCUUGAAGUCAUGGUGAAAGAUAAGGACUUUGCGAAGGAUGAUUUUGUGGGCAGGGUUUACUUCGAUCUUACAGAGGUUCCACUUAGAGUGCCGCCAGAUAGCCCACUGGCGCCGCAGUGGUAUAGGCUGGAAGACAGGAAGGGAUUCAAAGGCAGAGAGGGCGAACUCAUGCUGGCGGUUUGGAUGGGGACUCAAGCUGAUGAAGCUUUCCCAGAAGCUUGGCAUAGUGAUGCUCACGACAUUGGGCAUACGAACCUGGCAAAUACAAGGUCAAAAGUUUACUUCUCGCCAAAACUUUAUUACCUUAGAGUACAAGUAAUUGAAGCUCAAGAUCUCGUACCACACGAUAAAGGUCGAUUGCCUGAUGCUUAUGUGAAGGUCGUGCUUGGCAAUCAAGCUCGAGCCUCGAGGCCUUCUCAGAUGAGGACUGUGAAUCCCAUUUGGAACGAAGAGCUUAUGUAUGUAGCAUCAGAACCUUUCGAGGAUUUCAUUAUAAUUACGGUUGAGGAUAGAGUUGGACCUGGGAGAGAGGAGAUUCUCGGGAGGGCGAUUGUAUCAUUAAGAGAUGUACCUCAGAGACUCGAGACGACUAAAAUGCCCGAGCCUCGAUGGUUCAGUUUGAUGAAACAUUAUUCUGAUGAUGAAGGGAAGGAAAGGAAGGAGAAGUUCAGCAGCAAGAUUCUUCUAGGGUUGUGCUUGGAAGCUGGAUACCAUGUUCUUGAUGAAUCCACCCAUUUCAGCAGCAAUCUUCAGCCUUCGUCGAAGCAUUUGAGGAAGUCAAGCAUCGGGAUACUUGAGCUUGGGAUUCUCAGUGCUAAGAAUCUACUCCCGAUGAAGGGGAGAGAAGGUAGAACCACUGAUUCCUACUGUGUGGCUAAGUACGGCAACAAAUGGAUUCGUACCAGAACGCUUCUCGACACUCUGCACCCAAAAUGGAACGAGCAGUUCAGCUGGGAAGUCUACGAUCCUUGCACUGUGAUCACCAUUGGAGUCUUCGACAACUGGCAUACAAAUGGACAUAGCGACAUCCGCGAUCAGAGAAUUGGGAAAGUGAGAAUAAGGCUAUCUACAUUAGAAACUGAUAAAAUCUAUACUCAUUACUAUCCAUUGCUAGUUCUUCAACCAAACGGAUUGAAAAAACACGGAGAGAUACAGCUGGCAUUGAGGUUUACCUGCACGGCUUGGGUGAACAUGGUGGUCCAAUAUGGCAAGCCGUUACUCCCCAAGAUGCAUUACGCCCAGCCAAUCCCUGUCCGCCACAUUGACUGGCUGCGCCAUCAAGCAAUGCAGAUUGUCGCAGGUCGGCUCGCCAGAGCCGAGCCACCUCUUCGUCGGGAAGUCGUCGAGUACAUGCUCGACGUAGACUACCAUAUGUGGAGCUUGAGGAGAAGCAAAGCAAACUUCCACCGCAUAAUGUCGGUGCUCUCGGGUGUGACAGCAGUCUUCAAGUGGUUUAACGAUAUCUGCUUCUGGAGGAACCCGAUUACAACUUGCCUCGUCCACAUACUGUUCUUGAUUCUGGUUUGCUACCCAGAGCUAGUUCUCCCAACAGUCUUCCUCUACCUGUUUGUGAUUGGGUUGUGGAACUACCGGUUCAGGCCGAGGCACCCACCCCACAUGGAUAUAAGGCUGUCGCAGGCAGAUCAUGUUCAUCCUGAUGAGCUAGACGAGGAGUUCGAUUCAUUCCCAACUUCUCGCCCGUCCGAUAUAGUGAGGAUGAGGUAUGACAGACUGAGAAGCGUUGCAGGGAGAGUGCAGACUGUGAUUGGAGAUUUAGCUAGUCAAGGGGAGAGAGCUCAAGCACUACUUAGCUGGCGUGAUCCGAGGGCUACUGCCAUUUUCAUCAUCUUCUCAUUGAUCUCGGCUGUGUUCAUCUAUGUUACGCCGUUUCAAAUUGUGGCCAUGCUGUUUGGGUUGUACAUGCUCAGGCAUCCUAAGUUUCGGAGUCGAUUGCCUUCAGUUCCUGUCAACUUCUUCAAGAGGUUGCCGGCGAAAUCAGAUUUGUUGCUGUGAUGAGAUGAGUUUUGAUAUAUUCUUGUCGGGUAAAAAGAGAGGUGAAUAAUGAAAGGGGAGGUAAAAGGGAAAGCAUGUACCUAUUCUUUGCCUCCAUGGUUGUAUGUUGUAGAUUUGUAUACUCUGAACUGGAGUUUCUCCCAAUAUUCUUCUUCAUUUGCAAGAGCUUCGAUUCCCCAUUCUGUACUUCUGAUGACGAGCAUAUAUUGUAUGUACUACACUGUUAACAGGCAAUUUUCAGAUUGGAAUACCAAUAAAAGCAAAAAUUAACA